AGCAUGUGUCCCUCCUACCUGACUGGGCGGCUUGGUUUCCGGUUUCCGGCCUGAGUUGCGGGGGGAAGAGAAGCGGAGGGAGGAAAAGAUGGUGCUGAUCAAGGAAUUCCGUGUUCUGUUGCCUGUGUCAGUGGAAGAGUAUCAGGUGGGGCAGCUGUUCUCUGUGGCGGAGGCGAGUAAAGACAACACAGGAGGAGGGGAAGGGAUCGAGGUGCUUAAGAACGAGCCGUAUGAGAAGAAUGGAGAGAAAGGACAAUACACACACAAGAUCUACCACUUACAGAGUAAAGUCCCAAGUUUUGUGAAGAUGUUGGCGCCAGAAGGGUCCCUGGUGUUUCAUGAGAAAGCCUGGAACGCCUACCCCUACUGCCGCACAAUCGUCACGAAUGAAUAUAUGAAAGACGACUUCUUUGUGAAAAUUGAAACCUGGCACAAACCGGACUUUGGGGAACAGGAGAAUGUACAUGGACUGGACUGUGACACGUGGAAAGAGGUGGAAGUUGUGCCCAUAGACAUCGCUGAUCGAUCCCAGAUAAACGAGGGUGAUUACAAAGCAAAUGAGGAUCCAGCAAUCUACAGGUCGGAGAAGACAGGUCGGGGCCCCUUGAAGCAGGAUUGGAAGAAAGAGUUGGCCAACAACCCGUCGAGCCCUCACAUGUGUGCCUACAAGCUGGUCACGGUGAAGUUCCAGUGGUGGGGCCUUCAGGGCAAAGUGGAGCGGUUUAUUCACAAGCAAGAGAAGCGCCUUUUUACCAACUUCCACCGGCAGCUUUUCUGCUCGUUGGACCGAUGGGUGGAACUGAACAUGGAGGACAUCCGCCGCAUGGAAGACGAGACACAGAAGGAACUCGAUGAGAUGCGACAGAAAGGAACAGUCCGGGGAAUGUCUGCCAAGGAUGAAUAAGUUCCUGCCGUCCCGCACUCACGGAUUCCCCUCAGCUGGAGCCUGUCCUCUGUCCCUACUUUCAUCUGCUGGACGGAGCCUGGGCACAUUUGGAUGUGGGAUGAAGAGCUGAUGGAACUUCUCUCUCAGCUCCCUGAUACUACUUUCCAUCCUCCACCUUUGUCAACCCUUCUGGUCCCCUUCCAUUUCUCCAUCUGUUUUUCUGCUUUCCACUCUGGUUCUCUGGAACAGAACUCUGCAGCACUGUGGCCUUUUCUACUUCCACCAGCAGAGCUGAAAAUGGUGCCACUUCUCUGAGCAUCAGUUGUGUUUGUGGGCCCUUUACAGGUUUUGUGCUCCUUGGUUAAAAGUGGCAUCAGACUUUGGGGGGUUAAGUGCUCUAAUAUCUGACUCCUGCUCAUGAGAGACUUCCACUGCUGGAGGUGGGGUAAAUCAUAUGACCCUGUACUGAGCAAGUUUAUCGCCCCCAUGGCAGAAGGUUGUACAGAAGCAGGGGAAAGGCUGUGUUGUCUCCAUCUUGUGAAAAGUUCUUCAGUUGCAUUGAUUUGUUCUGUUGUUCAGGGUCCAGAAGCGUGAGAGAAGGGACCAGGAGGAGAAGCCUUUGGGGAGGAGAAAUUGAUGGGACUGUGAUCCUGCCUGGGGCUGGAGGGCUGAUGGGUUGUUAGAUAUUUUUUUGUUUGUUUUUCCAUUUCCUUUUAUGUUUUUUAAAAAACAUCAUGGUAAAAUUUAUUGGAAUAAACAAAGACAAGAA